UUCUGGAAAGGCCCUCACUGUCCCCAUUGGUUCCUGGAGGCCAUUGGUGGCUCCUACUUCUGUAUAUUUGACUCUUGACUGUAAUCUCUGCAUUGCCCCAGUUGAGUGGCUGGAGCUGGCUGAGCCCUCGGGUCACAGGGCCAUGAAGACAGUUCUCUGGGCCUUGGGACUGGGAACCCUUCUCCUCACUCUCAGGGCAAUCCCCAUUGGCGGACCAGGCGACCUGAGGCUGGCGUACAGACACAGUUCCUGUGACGGAGUGGUGCUGGUCCGCCACGAGGAGCAGUGGGGACACGUGUGCAACCAGGAGUGGACGUUGGCGGAGGCAUCCGUGGUCUGCAGGCAGCUGGGCUGUGGCCAUGCCGUGGGUGCCCCCAAGUACGUCCCAUUGCCCGGGGAGAUGGUGCGGCCCUGGCUCCACAACGUGUCCUGCAGGGGUGAUGAGCCCUCCUUCUGGGAGUGCAGCCUCGGGGCUUGGACUCGGAGCAAGUGCCCUCACGAGUGGGUGGUGGUUGCUCUGUGUGCAAAUGGCACCUUUCGGGAGAUCCGGCUGGUAAAGGGCCGCAGCCCCUGCUCUGGACUCCCCGAGAUCAGGAAUGUGAAUGGGGUGGAUCGCCUCUGCGGCCUGCAUGAGGAGGAGGCCACGGUGUUCUGCCAGGAGCUGGGGUGUGGGCCUGUGCUUCAGGCCCCCCGCCAAGACGUGGGGGUCGUCAGGAAGUACAUGAUGUGCAGGGGUACCGAGCCCACCAUCCGGAACUGCAGACUCAACAAUAAUCUCCGCAGUGGUUGUGACUUCCGGCAGGACGCGGAGGUGGUCUGCUCAGGACACAUGGAAGCCCGGUUGGAGGGUGGUGAGCACCCCUGUGCCGGGCGUCUGGAAGUGAGGCGUGGCCUGACCUGGGGCACUGUCUGUGACGCUGACCUGGACCAGGCAACGGCUCAUGUUGUGUGCCGGGAGCUGCAGUGUGGCUCGGCUGUGUCUACUCCUGGGGGCGCCCACUUCGGCCAGGGUUCUGGGCCUGUGUGGACAGAGGCCUUCCACUGUGCAGGCAAUGAGUCUCUGCUGUUCCACUGCCCCCGGGGGCCUGGGCACCAGUGUGGGCACCGCCAGGAUGCCGGGCUCAGGUGCUCAGAGUUCCGGCUGGUUAACGGCAGCAGCAGCUGUGAGGGGCGCGUGGAGCUCCAAGUGCAGGGGGCCUGGGCACCCCUCUGUGCUGCCCACUGGGACUUAGCAGAUGCCACCGUCCUCUGCCACCAGCUCAACUGCGGUAGUGCGGAGGCCACACCCCGAGGAGGCCACUUUGGGAACGGGGACGCGCCCAUCUGGCCUGAUGUGUUUCACUGUGUGGGGACAGAACCCUAUUUGUGGAAUUGCCCAGUAAGCACCCUGGGGGCCGGGGCCUGUGCGCUGGGAAACGCGGCUGCCGCAGUCUGCUCAGGUCUCCUCCACGCCCUGCGGCUGAGAGACGGACAGAGCCGCUGCGAUGGCCGUGCGGAGGUCUCCCUGGAUGGGGUGUGGGGCCGCGUCCUGGACGACGCGUGGGACCUGCGCGGCGCCCGCGUGGUGUGCAGGCAGCUGGGGUGCGGACAGGCUGACCGGGCCUACGACGCGCCCGCGCCCAGGCGCGGGGCGGUCCCGGUGGGGCUGAGCCGCGCGCGCUGUCAGGGCACCGAGACCCGCCUGACCCAGUGCAACGUGUCCGCAUCCCCGCUGGUACCCUCGGGAGCCUCGCGGGACGCGGGCGUCGUGUGCUCCGGGAGCCGGCGGGUGCGGCUGGCCGCGGGGCCCCACCGCUGUGCGGGGCGCGUGGAGGUGCUGCACGGGGGCACGUGGGGCACCGUGUGUGACGACGGCUGGGACCUGCAGGACGCCCACGUGGUCUGCCGGCAGCUGGGCUGCGGCCAAGCCCUCCGCGCCCUGGGGGCCGCGCCCUUCGGUGCGGGGUCGGGGCGCAUCUGGAUGGACCAGCUGGGCUGCAGCGGCCACGAGUCUGCGCUGUGGCAGUGCCCGUCGCGGGGCUGGGGCCAGCAGGACUGCGGGCACAAGGAGGACGCCGGCGUCAUCUGCUCAGGGUCAGUGGCUCUGAGACUGCGAGGUGGCAUCCACCACUGUGCUGGGUGGCUGGAUGUGUUCUACAAUGGGACGUGGGGCGCCGUGUGCAGUAAUGCCCUGAAGGACAUCUCCUUGUCCAUCAUCUGCAAGCAGCUGGGCUGUGGGGAGCAGGGCUGGCUAGAGAACAGACCCGUCCACACUGGCUCAGGCACCUCCUGGGUGGACAACAUUGAGUGCCGCAGGCUGAGAAACUCCACACUGUGGCAGUGCCCCUCGGCACCAUGGCACCCACAUUCCUGUACCCCUGGAGAGGAGGUCUGGAUCACCUGUGCAGGAUUGUCAGAGAAAAUGGCACAGGAUUCCGGGGAGACCCUCAACUGCUCAUCCACCCACAGCUGCCCAGAAGAGGGUAUGCUGCGUGUGCGUGGGGGCAAGGACAACUGCUCUGGCCGUGUAGAGCUCUGGCAUGCUGGCUCCUGGGGCACCGUGUGUGAUGAUUCCUGGGACCUGGCAGAUGCAGAGGUUGUGUGCCGCCAGCUGGGCUGUGGCCCGGCUGUGGGUGCCCUUGUGGGGGCUGCCUUUGGGCCAGGCUCGGGGCCUGUGUGGCUGGACGAGGUGGGGUGCCGUGGCAGCGAGGCAUCCCUGUGGAGCUGUCCCACAGAGCCAUGGGGACUCGGAGACUGUGGGCACAAGGAGGAUGCAGGCGUGCACUGCUCCCGUGACAGGGGAACCACGGCCUUGCCACCAGCACUGGCACAGACAUUGGGCCCUCCCCUGGCCCCUGCAUCUGCCCUCAAGGCUGGGAACCUACCCAUGAUGUUUUGCGUUGUCCUCGGCACCCUUCUGGUCAUUGUCUCCCUGGUCUUGGGGGCACAGUGGUACCGUGGCAGAACCCGCAGGGGUUCCAGAAUGUUGGGGAGUUUGCCCUCGGAAGGUGUUUAUGAGGACAUCGGAGCUGUCCCCAUCGGGGAGAAAGACGAGGGGCCCAGAGUGUCCCAGAACCUGGCCCUGGAGGAGGAGUAUGAUGACGCUGGGGAGCCGGAGCUGGGCCCUGAGGAGGAGGAGGAAGAGGAGGAGGUGCCCCUGAGCCCCACUGGUGGGGCUCCUUGCAGCCUCGGCCCCAAAGCUCAGGCUGAUAUGGAAGACACAGCGUGCCCUAGGACGUGAUGACAGUGAGCUGGCCAUGGGGGACAUCAGUGAGACCAGAGCAGGGAGAGAGCCCAGGCCCUGGAGGGCUUUCAUUGUCCUCAUUUUAAAAGAUGUCAUUAAAGUCCCUUUGAACUCA